UGCUCGACACUGCCGAUGUAUAGCCGGCAGUGCCGAGUAGUGAGUAGCGACGGCGGCUCGCUCCGUCCUUCUCUUUCGAUCUUUUCGCCGAAGGAGAAAAAUGAAGAAACAAAGAAACAGAAAAAGGAGGAGAAUGGAGAUGGUGAGGUAGAAGAGGAAGAAAUUGAAGAAGAAAUCGAAGAGGAAGAGGAAGUAGACGGUGAUGGAGAGGAAGAUGACGACGAUGACGACAUACCAGAAGGUGAAGAAGAUUUAGAAGAAGGAGAAGACGAAGAGGAUGAUGACGCGGAAGGUGAGGUAGAAGGUGAGGUAGAAGACGAUGAAGACGACGCAUAAUGAAAAAAGGGAAAACAUUAUGCAAUUAAGAAGGGAGGCGUUAGGCACGUGACGACAUCAUGGUCGAUUUUUGGCAAACUCAGCAAACUUACUCUCAUAUUGAGUGGUUGG